AUGCUAUCCUUGAAGAACUUACUUAUAGGGAAGCCCGUUUCCGGGUUAACCAGCUCUAUCAAGUCGAUAAUCCAGGUUCGUACUGCUACAAAGAGAGUAUCUGGUUCAAAGACAAACAACAAGGAUUCUGCUGGUAGAAGAUUAGGACCCAAAGUUAAUGAAGGACAUCCAGUCAAGCCUGGUCAAAUUAUAAUGAGACAAAGAGGUACAAAGAUCCAUCCUGGUGAAAAUGUUAGAAUUGGGGUUGAUCACACGAUAUAUGCUGUUGAACCAGGAUUUGUUCGAUUUUAUUUUGAUCCUUUCCAUCCAUUGAGAAAAUACGUUGGAGUGGCAUUGAAAAAGGAUAUAAGACUUCCCAAGGAUCAUUUUGCUCCAAGGUUGAGAAGAUUCGGAUACGUACCUAUUGAAGACCCCGUUGCUGCCAAGAAUGAAGAAUUACAAAGAUCGAGAAAGGAAAUACUUGCGUUGCCACAAUUGCAAAAAGCUCAAAAUAAGCAAUAUCUGCUUCGGAAAAGGAGAAUUAAUGAAAACAAGGCUAAAUUGGCACAGGAUUCUUCAAUAAAGUUGUCGGAACAAGAGACUGAAAAAGCUGCUGAGAGGUUGUUCAAGAUCUCCCAAUUUGUUGACCUUGGUCAAGAACUAUCACAAGCACAACUUCAAGUUACAUAUGAUGAACUUUACAAUAUUAGACUUCAAUAUAGAAGAGGUGAGCUUAAUGAUAGUGAUUUUGAUUUAGCAAAAACCAAGUACUUGGAAGUUGCCAAGAAGGUUGACAGUUUGGUACCCAGUCAAUGA